AUCUUUUGCCUAAACGUCACCCGUCCACUGGCUCUUUUGCUUGAUCACGACAACUUAUCAACUGUCUCUCUACCAUUCGUCAUGUCCUCUUAUGCGACGCCUAGUCGCUUAGCUCAGGCGGAAGCGGUUGGGAGAGUUCUGGUUGUAGCUAUGAACGAAGUCGAGUUUGUUGCAUUUAGCCAGAAGUCAGCCAUUGGAACAAGAGACCUCGCAGGAUGCUCUGUGGUUGUCAUCGCCUCCGCUUACGGUGCAAUUUUGGCCCAUAUUCCACCUCGCCCAAUCCCUAACACGCUAGACCCUUAUGCCGGAGACCAAAACGUACAGCGACUCAUGGAACGGGUUGAAAGCUUGUAUACUCAAAAACGAAAUUACUUUCCAGAUGCUGACACGUACGCUGUCUUCGCCAUCUACAAUGGAGGUGUUGCCUUGCCCGACCAGAAAAAAGUCAUCGUGGAUAAGAUCACCCAAAUGGGAUUGCAGCCCUUCCAUAAUGUUCUUUACGUCACUCCACGAGAUCCCACAAAUCAAGCUCACGGAACAGUCUUCGUAGACUCGCUCAACCGGGCCGGCCAAAAACCUGUCGUCUACUCGGAAGACCGCCAGGUGUCAAGCGAGCAACUCGAUCACCAAAGCCAACAAAGCCAACAAAACCAACAGACCCCACCAACCCAGCAGACUCCCUCCACUUGGACUUGGAGUUCGGACCACAGGCGCUAUUAUAGGUGGAUCGUAAAAGAUGGGGUUCAACAGAUCGAUUGGGCGCCUCCCUCUCAGUAGUGUGGUUUUCGAUACUCGGGUCCUUGUGAGCUAGCACACUUUCCGACGGUUCCCGGCGCCAGAACGCCUGCGCAAUCGGGUGGCCCUGCUUCAAACGCCAUCUAGGUCCUCCAACAGUUCCGGG